GGUAAGAGGAAACCCUAAAGUGCUCCGGCUCAAGCAGCUUCACCCUUUUCUUUCCCACCUUCUUUUCACACACACCCGUCGGACGUGUGCGCACUCAGGACCAGAAUGGCAACAUCAUCUGCACAGAGAACAGACGCGCUCUGCAAAAUGCUGGCUUUAGCUGUGCUUCUCAUCGCCCCACUCUUCAAUGGAGUCGUGACACAGGAGGAUGAAGUCGUCACGGGUACAACACCAGCUGUGGUAGCAGAAGAAAUGCACGUACGAGGAGACAUGAUUCCAAUGACAACUCCAACCCCUGUGCUAGAAGAAGACCCACAAGUCAUAGUUUUACCAACCAUGGGAUCUCCAGACCUGAUUGAUCAGACAACAGCAGCAGCAGAUACAGAUGCGACAGGAGACGAUAACAACAGCAGCCCUGUAGAUCCAGAGAAGGUACUAGCUGACGAGGGUACUGAGGUCACACCGUCUGUACAAACUAAUGCACCCAAAGUGGAACCAGAGACACAGCCUCCGAUGCCCCCGAGAGGUGAUGGCCCCGACAAUGUACCCAUUGUACCAGUGCCGAUUCCAAAGGACGAUGUCACCUGCGUCAGCAAAGAGGCAGUCCAGGACAAAAACGCUGUCAAUCUGAAACUCAAGGCCGCCUCCACUUGUGAACAAACCAGAGUGAAGAUUGAAAGUGUUCUGCAGGAGCUCUGCGGUGAGGACUGUAAGCUGGAAAUCUACCAGGAAGACAACACAGAUGAAAUUAUUGUGGCCGGAAAGUAUGUUGAAGAUGAUGUAGCGGGCAUGGCUAACAAGUUCAACAACGACAACAUCAAAGAUAUGACUGACGUAGAGGAGGCUGCUCCACGCUGGGGGAAGAACUCAAAGCUGGUUUUGGUUUCACUGCUGCUGACUGGUCUGCUGCUGGCUGCACUGCUGGUUGCUGGCUACUACCUCAAGACCCACCGCAAGAAUUCCAAAGGGGUCAGACUGGCUGACACUUUCCAGGUGGAUGAGGAGAACCAGGCUAACACCCUGGUGUCGGUGGCUCCCCUUCCACAGGACCCCCUCGACAAACCCACCACCAAUGGUGAGUCUCCACCAGAGAACGGGAACAACCCCGCCCCCACCACCAACGGACACUCUGCCACGCAGACCCCCGUGGCUGACACCGAGAUGUGAAUCACAACACCCCUGACCUCCUGUUUUACCCAUCACCCGCUGGGACUCACUACCCACAAUCCUCCUCUGCUGCCUCAGAGGCCGUCUACACACUGAGAGUAAUUCAAGACAAAUACACAGAACACAUCCGCCUCCUUUUUUCCUCUUCUACACCUGUAUCUCUCUGGACGAUGACGACAACGAUGAAGCUUCUGACUUUGAUGAAGAUAAUGACAAUGCCUGUAAUGUGAAAAGUUUGGGGAUCAUUGACCAAGAGAAACCUGUACUCUGUUUGGGACUCGGCAGGGCACUGACUGGAUUAGUUAGACGUCCUGACUUCAGUCUGGUUUUAACAAUCAUUUUAGAAUCACCAAAUUAUGCCAAAAAAGUCCUGUUGAUCCCAACGGAGAAGCCGAGAAACCAAGAAGCCAGGCAGUAGAAAGUAGACCAGAUUUUUUACUGUUGUAAAAAGGACUGACACUCAUUGCUUGAUUGUUUGUUUUUCUGUAUGUGAUUCAGGUUUGUUUUUGUAGCCUCUCUAUUUGACUUCACCUUUUUUGAUGUUUGAAUUUACAAAUCGUUGGCUGUAUUUUCAUAUAAUAUGGUUCAAAAAAGCACAUUGCUUAUGAUCAUUAACAUUUUUACAAAAACUAAAGACCAUUUAACACAUUAAUAGCUGCUUUAAAAAUGGUUCAUGUUCCUAUUUUCAAUCAAACAUCCUGUCUGACCAUCUGAAUCUCUGAAUAAGUGUUUGCAUUAAUUAGACUGAUGGACAUAAUGAAGGACUAAACCUUGAUAAAAACCUCACCUAUGGUCAAAGUUUCACUGAGAUGUGUUAAAAAGUACAUUUUCUAUUUCUGUGCUUGUGUUAUUACUUCAUGAUGACAGUAGUGUACAGUGUUUUUUACAUUUUUUACAGUAUUGCCCAUUUUUUCAACCUCUUAUUUUGAGGAACGAUGAAAGUCAGCAACAGCAGAAAAAACAGAACAUAGAUCACUGCUGUGAGAUUCCUUCACUACAUGGAGCAGGAUCAGCAUUCCUAAGACCGCCUUGUUGAUAUGAAACACUUCUUGUAUCAGUAAUACAGAUUUUUUUAUCUCCUGUGCUUUCAUAUUUUGCUGCAUGUGUAAAUACGCCUGCUGUCUCUGUACCUGUGCCUGGCUCAUAAACUGUGACUGUUUCCAAUA